CUUUCAGUGGCUUGAGAAUAUAGAGGUCACCAAAACAGCUUUAGCACAGAAAAGGAUGGACAUUGAAAGUGAGAAGCAUGUGUUCAGUAAACAGAAAGGCUAUCUGGAUGAGGAGUUGGACUACAGGAAACAGUCCAUGGCUCAGGCUCACAAGAGGAUCUUGGAGCUAGAGGCAAUGCUGUUUGAUGCCCUGCAACAGGAUGCGGGGGCCAAGAUAUCAGAGAUGCUGUCAGACGACGAGAGGGAGACACUGCGUCGGGCGGUUGAGCAGUGGAAGAGAGGGGUCAUGAUGGAGCUCAGAGAGAGGGACUCACAGAUCCUCAGGGAGAGAAUGGACAUGCUACAGCACUCACAGCAGAGAAUCAAAGAGCUGGAGGAAUGGAUAGCAGCUCAGAAAAGACAGAUAAAGGAACUAGAAGAAAAGUUUUUAUUUUUAUUUUUGUUUUUUUCUUUAGCCUUCAUUCUUUGGUCAUAGUUCUCCAGGGAAGCCAGAGCAAUUCACAGGUUUCCAGAUUGUCUUGUACAUUGUGUUCAAGAGGACAGGAUGUGGAAUCCAAGAUGGCUCCCAGAAGACUUCUUCACACGAGAAACCAGUCAACUAUGCUGAAACACUGACUUUAGAUAGAAUUCUAUCACCAUGGUUUUUUUUUGUGUUUUUUUUUAAGGACAAAAAAACGUUUUUUUAUUUUUUAAUUCAGUAACCUUUUUAAACCUGAAUGCUGUCCCUCGUUAGUGAUGAUGAUGAUGAUGAUGACGUCUCGAUGGAACACUCUAUGGAAGAGUUCCUCUUUAUGGAUGAAGACGUCAGUGGAAUUGAAGAACUCUUAAUAAAUGGGAGUGAUUUGUGUCUUCUUUUCCCUGCUGAGCAGGUGGUGCUCUGGUCACUUCCCUUUGGAAGCAAGAAGAAGAAGAAGAAGAAGAAGAGUUUGAUUGAUUGAUUGAUUGAAAAACAAACUGUAGUGAAGUCAGGUGGUACUCCUGCUCGGGGCUUGAACCUGGAUCUUUUCUGUCAAACCAACACUUUAGCCAAGAGAUCUAAAACCUCUUGACGAGUUCACUAGGUGUUGGGUUAUGUUAAACGACGGUGAAGUGAGACAUUUUUACCUUAGCUCUUAACAUUCACACACACUCCACUGAAGCUGAGCGUUUCCUAAAAUGGACACCAUACCACUGUUUACACUAUCUGACCACGCUGUUAUUACACUCACAGGAGCUAGUCACAGAAAGAACUUUAAAAUGGUGAAAGCCUUCAGAGAUGCUGCCCAUACUUAAACUGGCUUUGUGGCCAGUGUGCCUCUAUCUAUCUCUAUGGCCUCAGCCCUUCCCCUGUCUAGUCCAGACAUGCUGUGGGACUCAUUAACUCCUCAAAUCUCAGUGUUUGAAAUGAAACCAGAAGCCAAACUGUGGUAUUAUUAGACAUCAUGUAUUUUUGUAUGAAUGAAAAAAGGCAAAGAUUUUAAAAUACAUUUCUCAAAAGAGGAAUAAAUAAAAUGCUAAAUUAGAUAUUAUUUUUUUGUUGAUGAAGAAUGAAGGAGCUUUCAGUGAUUUUAGAAUUUUCCAUUUGAUCAGAUUUAUGUCAAUCUGAUCUUCCCCCUUGGUGCUUGGGAGAGAGUGGGUUUGUUUCAGAUGGGGACCUUGGUAAGUUCUGUUAUGUCCUGAUGGAGAGGGUAUGUUAGUUCUGUUAUGUCCUGAAGGAGAGGGUGGGUUAGUUCUGUUAUGUCCUGAAGGAGAGGGUGUGUUAGUUCUGUUAUGUCCUGAAGGAGAGGGUGGGUUAGUUCUGUUAUGUCCUGAUGGAGAGGGUGUGUUAGUUAUAUCCUGAAGGAGAGGGUGUGUUAGUUAUGUUAUGUCCUGAUGGAGAGGGUGGGUUAGUUCUGUUAUGUCCUGAAGGAGAGGGUGUGUUAGUUCUGUUAUGUCCUGAUGGAGAGGGUGUGUUAGUUCUGUUAUGUCCUGAUGGAGAGGGUGUGUUAGUUCUGUUAUGUCCUGAAGGAGAGGGUGUGUUAGUUCUGUUAUGUCCUGAUGGAGAGGGUGUGUUAGUUCUGUUAUGUCCUGAUGGAGAGGGUGUGUUAGUUCUGUUAUGUCCUGAUGGAGAGGGUGUGUUAGUUCUGUUAUGUCCUGAAGGAGAGGGUGUGUUAGUUCUGUUAUGUCCUGAUGGAGAGGGUGUGUUAUUUCUGUUAUGUCCUGAAGGAGAGGGUGUGUUAGUUCUGUUAUGUCCUGAUGGAGAGGGUGUGUUAGUUUUAGAUAGGGGACCUUGGUUAGUUCUGUUAUGUCCUGAUGGAGACAAAUACCUCCCAUUGAAUCUUCAUGACUCCAUGUUAAAGCAGAUUGUGAAUGAAAGAUGUAUUUUAUGCAUUAUGUUGCCAUUAAAUGGGAUCAAGCCCCGUU